AUGAGGCAUUCGAUGUUGCUCAGCCUGGCGGCCGCAGCUGUCUUUUUCGGCUUCUCGCAGGGCGCUUUGCUUGAAUAUGCGACCAAACUACCUCCGUGCGGCUUGCAAUGCACUAUCGAAGAGAUACCAAAGUCGACGUGCAAGACCGUGUCAAACGAUACUUGCAUAUGUUCAGACGAGGGUUUGAGGGCGCAGGUGCAAACUUGUCUUCUUGCGAAAUGCAACAGGUUAGAGGCAAUUGAUGUCGCGAGGAUAGAAGCAGAAGCAUGCAAGAGGCCGAUACGCAAGCGAAAGGUCGACAUUCUGGCGCCUCUUGCCAUUCAGAUCACCGGAUUGUUGGUUGUCCCGUUGCGGUUAUAUGCGCGAUGGACGACGAUGCACCACUUCGCUCCGGAUGAUUGGAUCAUGAUAGUCUGUGGGAUUAUGUUCGCUCCUUUCAUAGUGCUUGGGCAACUUGCCGGCUCCGUCGCGUUCGGCGAAGACAUCUGGAUGGUGCAGCCAUAUGAGCUUACCACCGGAUUAAAGCUCUUCUUUGUUGACGAAAGCUUCUACCUCACAUGUCUAGGUCUAACCAAGAUAUCUGCGCUCUUCUUCUAUCUCCGAAUCUUCCCGAACAAGAGAUUUCGAUGGGCUACUUUCGCAGUAAUGGCCUACGUCAUCGUGUCGACGACAAUCCUUCUCUUCAUGCAAAUAUUCCAAUGCAUACCUUUCGACUUCAACUGGGAGGGCUGGAAAGGAGAUUACGGCCCGCACCACUGCCUCGACAUCAACACCCUUGCCUUCGUCGCCGGCGGUCUGAGCAUCAGCCACGAUAUUCUCAUUCUCGUGCUGCCGCUUCCACUGCUAUAUCAGCUUAACAUGUCGAUACGGAAAAAGGCCGGCAUCAUUUUCAUGUUCAGCCUCGGCGUCUUCAUCUUGAUCACCUCGUGCGUGCGACUACGGUACAUCGUCCUGUUCACGCGCUCGCUCAACCCGACAUGGGACUUUACCGAUCCUCUGAUCUGGUCCGGAGUUGAAGUGUCAGUGUCAAUGAUUGUUGUAUGUCUUCCGGCGAUCAGGACCCUCAUCAACCGCGUCAUCCCGAACUUCAUCGGCUCGACGGCCGCCACGGAGAUCAAGCCAGCGCCAAAGGCAUCGGCUGGCUCAGGAUACCACAGGAAGGCGAUCAACGCCUAUCAGAGGAGAUUGGAAGAGGAGGAGGAGAGGAUAGCGGUUGCUAAGGCUGCACGACUGGUGGACAAGCGGCGCAAGUUCUUCUCGUUCAUGUCGAAGGGCACAGAGCCGAACGAAAGCGAGCUGGAGCUCGGGGACAAGUCUCGCGGGGAGGUGAGGACACACAUAAGGUACGGAGACAUGGAAGGGGAAGGGGCAUUCGGGACGAGGAGGAGCUCGAUAGAGAGCGGGAUCCAUGUGCAGACCACAACGACGUUUCAUGGUGCGUUGGGCGACGGCGGCGAGAGAGACAAGGCGACGUUUUGA